AUGAGUGAAAAUUAUUCAUCAUUUGUUUCGUUACUGAAUUUUGUGCCAAGGAAGCUUGGUUAUUCUUCCACAGAUUCUAACAUGUGGACGGUUAUUUUGCCUCCGCAGACCAUGAAAACGUUGAGGAUUCUUCACGAUACCGCUUUUGUUCUGGUAAGUCAAAGGAAUAAUAAGGUGUUUGCAAGGGUACACAAUGCCGUCGAGUACGGAAGAGAAUAUUCCUCUCUAAAACCACCAAACGCAGUUGCAACUGAAGAAUUUCUCCAAAAUUUGAAGGUUUCACCUAAUGUCGAGGUCGAAUUAAGAUUUGAAAAAGUAUUUGAUGUUUUGAAAGCAAGUAGGUUGACUUUGAAGUACAAGCAAUCAUUUGACCCUGCCGACAACACCUGGAAGUGUUUAAAUAAUAAUGUUAAAGACAAGUUAAAUACAAAAUUGAAUGCAAAUAAUCCAGCUUUGGAUUCAAAAAAUACGAGCAACGUUACUUCUGAAUCGAAUAAACCUGCUGUUUCUGAGAAGAAACUAGACUGGUGUGUUAGUUCUGAUGAUUCUUCGCCUUUUCCUCCAGUAGAAUGGUAUAAUUCCCUUUUGAAUGGAGAGUUUAAUAAGGUAAUUAGACACAGUUUGGUAGGAUGUACACUUUUAAUCGGAAACGUCGUGGCGAUUAAUUUGCAAGGCUAUUUAUGUCGAUUUGAAGUGGAAACAAUUUAUUACUCUAAUGAGAUUUGUUCGAAUCCGUUGAGCGUGUCUCUUGAUACCGAAGUUUCAGUAUGCUUGAAUACGGAAGCCAGUGUGAUCUAUGGCGCAGCUACUUCUGCCAAGGCCAAGAGUCUACUUGAACGCAGAGCCAUUUACGGGCUCGAUGAGAUCGUUGAAACGUUAACCACACAUGUUUUUGUGCCUCUUCUUUCAAAUGUCGGUGCCGAUCCGCCCACCGGUGUUAUUUUGUAUGGGCCUCCAGGAUGUGGAAAGACCCUGCUGGCCAAGACCAUUGAAAAUUAUUAUAAGACCAUGUUUAACACAAGUAAAGAACUAAAAUUUAAAAUGGUACAUUCCACUGACUUAAUAAGCGAAUACCCUGGAAAGACUGAGCUUAAUGUAAAUCGGCUUCUCCAGGAUUUAAAACAAUCGAGUAACUACAAAACUAUUUGCUUUAUCGAUGAGAUAGAUGUGCUGUGCUUAAGAAGAGAUAGUUAUUCAUCCGAUUCACAUUCUAGGAGAAUUCUAGCUACUUUUUUAAACAACAUGGAUGGAGUAAACUCAAAUAAUAAAAACUGUGUUAUAAUCGGUAUGACUAACUGCCUCGACACCAUUGACGACGCACUGAGGAGGCCUGGAAGAUUCGAUUUGGAGAUUGAAGUACCAGUGCCUAAUCAGAAAAACAGAUUUUUGAUAUUGAGGAGCAUGUUAGGCAAAGUUAAGCACAAUUUGAACGAGUCCCAGAUUAAACACGUUAACGACUUCUGCCAAGCCUUCGUGGGAGCAGACUUGAAAUUGCUGGUAACGAAUGCCAUCCACGCUAAAACGUCCAGGCUCAAAAAGUCAGGUGAUCCUGGACAAAAUGGGAGUUCGUCUCAGGAAAACGAGGACGCUCUGACCUUUGAAGACUUUUCAAACGCCCUGAAGGUCACGCGGCCCUCAGCCAUGAGGGAGAUGUACGUGGAGGUGCCUCACGUGAAGUGGUCCGACAUCGGCGGCUACGAGGAGCUUAAGAAGACCAUCAAGCAGUCGGUGGAGUACCCGAGGAAGUUCUCGAGCCUGUAUGAAAGCCUGAACGUCCAGGUUCCCAGGGGCAUCCUGCUGUACGGGCCUCCCGGCUGCUCCAAGACCCUCAUGGCGAAGGCGAUCUGCACCGAGAGCCACAUGAACUUCAUAUCCGUUAAGGGUCCGGAGAUAUACGACAAAUACGUUGGUGAGAGUGAACGGAACAUUCGGCGCCUGUUCAGCAAAGCCAGGGUCAACAGCCCCUGUGUGAUAUUCUUUGACGAAAUCGACUCGGUUUGCUCCGACGACUCCUCGGGAGUCGGCAGGAGGGUGCUGGGCACUCUUUUGAACGAGAUGGACGGCGUGAGCCCCCUCAAGCAGGUUCUCGUCGUCGGCGCCACCAACCGGCCCCAAGACCUCAGCAAGUCUCUGCUCAGGCCCGGCCGGUUCGACAGGCUCAUUUACGUUCCGCUUCCCGACUUCGCGGCCAGGAAGGCGAUUUUCCUCAUCAACUUUGCGAAGGUCAAGGUCGACUUCCACAUGGAGGACGUCGCCCACAAGCUGGCUUCUCUCACCCAUGGCUACUCUGGUGCCGAGGUGGUCUCCAUCUGCAGGCAGGCCUCGAUGUACCUCUUGAAUGAAAUCAUUGAGCAGUACGAGUCUAUCCCAAAUUCAACUGCACAAUCCUCGGACCUGUCUGACAAGGACUUGAGUGGCGACGGGCUCGCGGCCGACUUGGAGAGGCUUUCGCUCUCCGAGGUGACUCCCCUCUCCUACCGUCACCUCGAACUGGCUCUCAACAACUCCAAGCCGAUGACCUCCCAGGAGACGAUAUCGUUUUACGAGAAUUUCAGCAAGGCAAACAGCUUGUAG